UCUCUUGGAGUAAAUCCACACGGUUCUUUCUGUUUUAUAAGGACCUUAGGAGGCUUGAGAGACUUCCAAGGGAAUACAAUUCUGUCUGAGAAGUUUUCAUCCACGCUGAAGCAGGAUGGCUUUGAAGAAGCGUUUUAGAUUGUGGAACUAUUACGUGGGCUAUUGAAUAUAGUAUAAUAUCUCGGUACUAAUAAUAAUAGCCUACUUAUUAGUGCGAUGACGUCCGGUCACAACGCGACGGCAGACCGCCUUUUGCUGCCCAGCACCGAUCAGAGGAGAUGCCUCCUGGAUCGGCUUCCACCGCCCGCAAACUCCAGCAAGCCGCUUACUCCAUUUAGCAUUGAAGAUAUUUUAAACAAGCCGUCCAUUAAGAAGUCCUUAGCCGCUCUCUGUCCAUCCAAGUCCUUGGAAAAAGCGGCUGUCUUGAAUGCAGCCAAUAACGGAAUUAAUUCCCCGUCAUCUCCGCUGUGCGCUUUGGAGGAACUGGCCAGCAAAACUUUCAAAGGUCUGGAGGUCAGCGUAAUACAAGCUGCCGAAGGUCGUGAACAUGUGAAUACGUUCGGCCAGAAACAUCCUUCAAAAAAGCUACGGAAGUCCCGGACCGCAUUCAGUAAUCAUCAGAUCUAUGAGUUAGAAAAGCGGUUUUUGUACCAAAAAUAUUUGUCCCCCGCAGACAGGGACCAGAUAGCGCAACAGCUAGGCCUUACUAAUGCACAAGUCAUCACCUGGUUCCAAAACAGACGUGCUAAGCUUAAGAGGGACUUGGAGGAGAUGAAAGCAGACGUGGAGUCACUUAAGAAAGUCCCUCCGCAGACUCUUCAGAAGCUGGUUACCAUGGUAGACAUUGAUGACACCAAAGGAAACUCAGGGGACAUCUCCCCUUGCAAGUUUCCCAUUUCCCGAGACCAUGGCGUUGUCCUUCGACCUUCUUUAAUGUGUAGAACCCAAACCAUGGAGGAAUUCUCAGAAGACGAAGAGAUUGAGGUGGACGAUUGAAUCUAAUGGACGAGAAAGUGAUUUGCGGGUAUUUUCAGUUUUACGCCAAGCUGUAUUGGGAUAAUAUAAAAAGCAUUUUAUAACUGUAAGGAACUGACAUUUGACGUUUCAUUUUUGGGAUUUUGCAGAGGGUCCAACAAGCCUUGUUGGAAUGAAAUGGAAAGCAAAAUACAGAAGAUGACUUGCUGCCAAACUGACUAAACAUAGCAGUGGCAAGUCAAACUUUUUUCAAGUAGCCUAUCAAAUUGAGUGUUUAACUUGUUAGCACUAAAUGGGGGACAAAUGCCUUCUCUUUAAUUAAAUAUAGUGGGUAAUAAAGGUGUAUCUACACAAACUCUGUUUUCCAGAAAUUUUCAAAAUUAUACUGUGAAGGAAGACGU